AUGCGCCAGCCCGUUUGCGCGCUGCUGAGCCUGCUGCUCCUCGCGCCCUCGCUCGCAGCCGCCGCCCCGCACGAUGCAGCGCCGUCCCCGUACGAUGCAGGAACAUUUGCUACGACCCACAAUGCGUCUCCGCGGCCAUGGCGCAGGCUCUCCGACGCGAUAAUACGCCGGAUAUGGAAGCUGCCAGAGGACCAGAAAAGACUAGAUGGUGAAGACGCGCGCACUGCUGUCGAUGCGCUGGGUGACAAGCUGGUCGCGCAGUACAGUGAAGAUGUCGUCUUGCGGUUCAAGAUACGCACGGCGGAGGAGGCCUCGGCGCUGGCGGAUGCAGCAGACGUCCUCUUCCUCGACGUCUGGGAGUUCAAUGAGGACUGGGCAGAUGUGCGCGUAUCCAAGGACGUCGUGCCUUCCCUGCUCGGACUGCUGCCUCCGUCGCUCAAGGACGCCCACGAACCGCUCCUCCAAGACCUCGGCCUCGCACAGGCAAUCUUCAACACCUACCCGUCCACCGAGACGACACCUGUUCGCGAUGACGAUCGCUUCUCGUCAAAUCUCCGGCCGUCCCCGCGCUCGGGCAAGGGCAACAUCUUCUUCCAAGACUACCAGCCCCUCUCCGUCAUCAACCCCUGGAUGAGCCUCAUGGCCUCCAUGUUCACCACCCACGUCCGCCGCAUCAACAUUGGCAUUAGCUACGAAGGCCGUGACAUUCCUGCUCUGCGUGUCGGCGUGCACCCCACGAACAACGAAGAGCCGUCCAAGCCCCGGAAAACCAUCCUUGUCACCGGCGGCAUCCACGCCCGUGAGUGGAUAUCCACGAGUACGGUCAACUACCUGGCCUGGAGCUUCAUCAACGCAUACGGCAAAGACCGUGAGAUGACGCGUCUUAUGGAGGAGUUCGAUUUCGUCUUCGUCCCAACCCUGAACCCAGACGGAUACGUCUACAGCUGGGAGACCGAUCGUCUAUGGCGCAAGAACCGCCAACCCACCAGUCUACGAUUCUGUCGCGGCAUCGACCUCGACCGCAGCUACUCGUACAAGUGGGACGGCGAUGCUUCCCAGUCGAACCCCUGCAGUGAAUCUUUCCCCGGCAACACCCCCUUUGACGGUGCGGAGUCAGCGCGCUUUGCCGAAUGGGCCAAGAACGAGACUGAAAACAAUGUUGACAUUAUUGGCUUCUUAGAUCUGCACUCGUACUCACAACAGAUUUUGUACCCAUACAGCUACUCAUGCGACGAGGAGCCUCCAUCAAUCGAGGACCUCGAGGAGCUUGCCAUGGGUCUAGCCAAAGCUAUUCGCGUAUCCCGCAAAGGCCAAACAUACAAGGUCACAUCAGCCUGCGAAGGCAACGUAGCCAUUGCUGGCCAGAACAAGUCCAUUUUCCCGCGCAUUGAAUCGAGCGGCGGCAGUGCAUUAGACUUUUUCUACCACGAAUUGAAAGUCAGGUACUCGUACCAGAUCAAACUGCGAGACACGGGCAGCUACGGAUUUCUGCUGCCCAAGGAGAACAUUAUACCCACCGGAGAGGAGAUGCUGGACGCGUUGUUGUACUUUGGGCGUUUUAUGUUGGGAGGGGUUGGCAUUGUCAACCAGGAGCAGCCUGCUCAAAUUGUUAAGCCCUCACUCGAAACUGAGAUCAUCGAGUUGUAG